CAACUACAUCAUCAUGCAGAAGAGUUAAUAUCACGUGCCACAGUGGCUCUCUCCUGCGCCUGAUUAUCCAGCUUCCUCUGCUCCACUCGAUGAAUUCGCGACUUGGAUCACCCACUCUACCUGAAGAGGUGUACCAACUACUUUUAGCCCUAGGUCUCCCUCCUACAAUAACUCUCGAGCAAUUUACGCGAUUAUAUCGUGGUCCAGUGGCGGAUAUUUUGGUCUUUCUCAGUAAAAGCGUGCUGGGGAAGAGAGAUGUAAUGAAAGCUCGUGGUGACAUUCAUGGAAUAAAGACAACUGGAAAGGCGAACUUGAACCCUCAUAGAAUCAAGGCUUUUGGCUCUGAAGAUAGAUCCCGCUUUAGACUUACUGGAGCCAAUAAAAGCUACGAUUUGUGCCAGAAGGAGCUAGAUGAACUGUUGGCGGCGGUGGAAGAAACUCGUGAGCAUUCCUCAAUAUUCAGUUGGUAUUUGCUUCGACGGUGUUGCAGAGCAGAAGAUCAAGAUCAUGAGAAGUCAACUUCACAACAACCGAAAUGCCGCGUUCUUUCUCACUGUCCUGGAGAAGAAGGAAUCAAUGAGGAGAAAGAGGAUCGCAGAGAUAACGGCUCUUUUGAGAAGAUUGAAAGAAGUACUUGAACAACGUCAGUUCUCUCAGCUGUCCGUCCCUCCUGUGCCACCGGAAGUACACGUAAAUCAAACACCAACACGCCGAAUGACCCAUUCCAGAGAUGCAAUUACGAACAUUGAAGCAUAUUACGUUGCCCUUUCUCGCGUUGCGCUGUCGGUGGGAUUCAGGAAGAAUGAAGAUUACCUACCGCGACUGAAGAUCGUAAUGCAAAGGCAUCUCUCUUCUCGAGAUGCACAGAUAGAUGCUACCAUUGCCAAUGUCGUGCAAUGGGCACGGAAGUGUUCACAUGAGAAAGCCAAAUAUCGCACUAUAUUGCAGAAUAUUGACGUGGUCAGUGACGUGGAUUUGGACCGAAUGGAGUCCUACGUUCAAAACUGUGAAGGUAUGCUGCAGGGAUUAUGCCAGCAUUCGUCUUCUUUGCUCUUCGCUGUCAAUCCUCACAUAAAAUACAUGGACGCUUUCCAAAAUUCCGCAAUACAUGUCUUAAGGGAGUCCCUAGGCGAUAAAGCUUACCCGAAAGGAUAUCUAGACGAUCAACGACGUUCGUUGGUAGAACAAGUUCCGAGUGAUUCUGUCACAGAUAGAGACAAGUCACUUGCGCAAAACGCAAAGCAGAUUUUAAAAGCGAGUCAGGCGGUGAAUGUACCGAAACUUCUUCAAGAUUUGGAGAGUCUAAUACUGUCAAUUGACAAACGGAAGCGUAUAUCGGCACUCAUCCGAAGUCUUCCUGAGUCGACAGAGAGUCAUGAGGAACAACUUUCUCAACAUAGAACGGACAGUCAGAAGAUCGAAGAUGGCGCAGCUAAAUUUCUGCAGAGAAAAUUGGACAAAGCAAGCAUGGGCGCCGGGCUAGUCAAGGACAUCGAAGCCCUUCUAGACGAAGCGAAAUUCAUUAUUGGUCAGAGCACGUAAUGAAUCCUUUCCCUCUCAACACACAGGGUCCAUAC